AUGGGACGUUUAGUUGGCUUAGAACUAAGUAAUUUCAAGUCCUAUAGAGGCGUUACCAAGGUAGGAUUCGGCGAGUCGAAUUUCACAAGUAUUAUCGGUCCUAACGGAUCUGGUAAAUCGAAUAUGAUGGAUGCUAUCUCAUUCGUACUCGGUGUGCGGAGUAAUCAUUUGAGGUCAAACAUCUUGAAAGAUUUAAUCUAUAGAGGUGUUCUAAACGAUGAGAAUAGUGACGAUUAUGAUAACGAGGGCGCUGCCUCUUCGAACCCACAAUCCGCAUACGUGAAGGCAUUUUAUCAAAAAGGUAACAAACUGGUGGAGCUGAUGAGGAUAAUUUCCAGAAACGGUGACACUAGUUAUAAAAUUGAUGGAAAAACUGUCUCCUAUAAGGACUAUUCUAUAUUUCUUGAGAACGAAAAUAUUCUUAUCAAAGCCAAAAAUUUUCUAGUGUUCCAGGGUGAUGUUGAGCAAAUUGCAGCACAAUCUCCCGUAGAAUUAUCAAGAAUGUUUGAAGAAGUAUCAGGUUCUAUCCAAUACAAAAAGGAGUAUGAAGAGUUGAAGGAAAAGAUUGAGAAAUUAAGCAAAUCUGCAACCGAAUCUAUAAAAAAUAGGAGAAGGAUCCAUGGAGAAUUGAAGACAUAUAAAGAAGGUAUCAAUAAGAACGAGGAGUAUAGGAAACAAUUGGACAAAAAAAAUGAAUUACAGAAGUUCCAGGCUCUAUGGCAGUUAUAUCAUUUAGAGCAACAAAAAGAGGAGCUAACGGACAAGCUGUCCGCAUUAAACUCUGAAAUAUCGUCUUUAAAGGGAAAAAUAAAUAACGAGAUGAAAUCAUUACAACGCUCAAAAUCUUCCUUUGUUAAAGAAAGCGCAGUAAUUUCUAAGCAAAAAAGUAAAUUAGAUUAUAUCUUCAAGGAUAAGGAAAAAUUAGUCUCGGAUUUACGGCUCAUAAAGGUUCCUCAACAGGCAGCAGGGAAGCGAAUUUCCCAUAUAGAAAAAAGAAUCGAAAGUUUACAGAAAGAUCUUCAAAGACAGAAGACUUAUGUGGAGAGAUUUGAAACACAACUAAAAGUGGUGACCAGAUCAAAGGAAGCUUUUGAAGAGGAAAUCAAACAAUCUGCUAGAAACUAUGACAAAUUCAAGCUAAAUGAAAAUGAUUUAAAGACAUAUAAUUGCUUACAUGAAAAAUAUCUGACUGAAGGUGGGUCAAUCCUAGAAGAAAAAAUUGCCGUUUUGAACAACGAUAAGCGAGAAAUCCAAGAGGAAUUGGAGAGAUUCAACAAAAGGGCAGAUAUUUCUAAAAGAAGGAUAACGGAGGAGCUUUCUAUAACAGGAGAAAAAUUGGACACGCAAUUAAACGAUUUAAGAGUUUCUUUGAAUGAGAAAAACGCCCUUCAUACUGAACGUUUGCACGAGCUGAAAAAAUUACAAUCUGAUAUUGAAUCUGCUAAUAAUCAAGAAUACGACUUAAAUUUCAAGUUGAGGGAAACGUUGGUUAAGAUCGAUGACUUGAGUGCUAAUCAAAGAGAAACAAUGAAAGAAAGAAAACUAAGAGAAAAUAUAGCAAUGUUGAAAAGAUUCUUCCCCGGAGUAAAAGGUCUUGUUCAUGAUCUUUGUCACCCAAAAAAGGAGAAAUAUGGCUUGGCAGUGUCUACCAUCUUAGGUAAGAACUUUGAUUCCGUCAUUGUAGAAAAUUUAACCGUAGCUCAAGAAUGCAUUGCAUUUUUGAAGAAGCAACGUGCGGGCACUGCAUCUUUCAUACCACUAGACACAAUUGAGACAGAGUUACCUACAUUAUCAUUGCCUGACUCACAAGACUAUAUUUUAUCAAUUAAUGCUAUUGACUACGAGCCGGAAUAUGAAAAAGCGAUGCAAUAUGUGUGUGGCGAUUCCAUCAUAUGUAAUACGUUGAAUAUUGCUAAAGAUCUGAAAUGGAAAAAGGGCAUAAGAGGCAAAUUGGUUACAAUUGAAGGUGCUUUGAUCCACAAGGCCGGUUUGAUGACAGGUGGUAUAUCAGGAGAUGCCAAUAAUAGGUGGGAUAAAGAAGAAUAUCAAAGCUUAAUGUCUUUAAAAGACAAAUUACUAAUCCAAAUCGAUGAACUUUCCAACGGUCAACGCUCUAAUUCAAUCAGAGCAAGAGAAGUUGAAAAUAGUGUUUCACUAUUGAACUCGGACAUAGCAAAUUUGAGAACUCAAGUAACACAACAAAAACGCUCCUUGGAUGAAAAUCGUUUAGAGAUUAAGUACCAUAAUGACUUGAUAGAGAAAGAAAUUCAACCGAAGAUAACUGAACUAAAGAAGAAGCUAGAUGAUUUAGAAAAUACUAAAGAUAAUUUAGUGAAAGAGAAGGAGGCUUUACAAAAUAAUAUUUUCAAAGAAUUCACUAGUAAAAUUGGCUUUACAAUCAAAGAAUAUGAAAAUCAUUCCGGUGAAUUGAUGAGACAACAAUCUAAAGAAUUACAGCAGUUACAAAAACAAAUUUUGACCGUUGAAAAUAAGUUGCAGUUUGAGACAGACAGACUAAGUACUACUCAAAGAAGAUAUGAAAAGGCGCAAAAGGAUUUAGAGAAUGCUCAAGUUGAAAUGAAGUCUUUGGAAGAACAGGAAUAUGCAAUAGAAAUGAAAAUCGGAUCAAUAGAGUCUAAAUUGGAAGAACACAAAAAUCACUUAGAUGAGUUACAGAAGAAAUUUGUAACGAAGCAAAGUGAAUUAAAUUCCAGCGAAGAUAUUCUAGAGGACAUGAACAGCAACUUACAAGUCUUAAAAAGGGAAAGAGACGGUAUAAAGGAAGAUAUUGAAAAGUUUGAUUUAGAGAGAGUAACAGCGUUAAAGAAUUGUAAAAUUUCUAAUAUAAAUAUACCUAUAUCAUCUGAAACAACGAUAGAUGAUUUACCAAUAUCUUCCACUGAUAAUGAAGCAAUUACAAUUUCCAACAGUAUCGAUAUAAACUAUAAAGGACUACCUAAAAAAUACAAAGAAAACAAUACCGAUUCGGCAAGGAAGGAGCUGGAGCAGAAGAUUCAUGAAGUGGAGGAAAUAUUGAACGAGUUGCAGCCCAAUGCAAGAGCUUUGGAGAGAUACGACGAGGCGGAAGGAAGGUUUGAAGUGAUUAAUAACGAAACAGAACAACUAAAGGCCGAAGAAAAGAAAAUAUUAAACCAGUUCCUAAAAAUUAAGAAAAAAAGAAAGGAACUGUUCGAAAAGACAUUUGAUUAUGUGAGCGACCAUUUAGACGCAAUCUACAGGGAACUUACUAAAAAUCCCAACUCCAAUGUGGAAUUGGCCGGUGGUAACGCUUCUUUAACCAUAGAAGACGAAGAUGAACCGUUCAAUGCGGGAAUCAAAUAUCAUGCCACUCCGCCUCUUAAAAGAUUCAAAGACAUGGAAUAUCUUUCUGGUGGUGAAAAAACCGUAGCUGCAUUAGCUCUAUUAUUUGCUAUUAAUUCCUACCAGCCUAGUCCCUUCUUCGUGCUGGACGAAGUGGACGCAGCCCUAGACAUUACUAACGUCCAGAGAAUUGCUGCCUAUAUAAGAAGGCACCGUAAUCCAGAUCUCCAAUUCAUUGUCAUUUCAUUGAAGAACACCAUGUUUGAAAAAUCUGACGCUCUCGUUGGGGUUUACAGACAGCAACAAGAAAACUCGUCGAAGAUCAUAACUUUGGACUUGAGCAAUUACGCAGAAUAA